AUGAAGAGCACAGAAUCGGGACUAAUAGCCGGCGGUUAUGAUGUCGGCGCCUUUCUCUUUCUGGCACCCAUUUCUUACUUCGGUGGCACCAGAUCUAAGCCUUUGUUCAUUAGCUCCGGGAUCAUUGUUAUGGGUGUAGGCGCUCUGGUAUUCUCUUUGCCUCACUUUACUUCUGGCAGAUAUGAGUUCAGUGAAGAAGUGGACAGCAUUUGUCUCAAGACUCUCAACACAUUCAAUGAAACCUCGAAUACAUUUUGUUCGAAACAGAACUCUCAUAAAAACUUAUCUAAUUAUAAAUGGAUUUUCUUUUUCGGACAAUUCCUUCAUGGAAGCCAACUCGUGGUCCUCUUCGAGCACGCGUCCGGUUAUGCGUUAUUCCGGGUGUCGGAGGCCGAAGAGGUGUCGAUGUUUGUGGCGGCCGUCGAGAAGAGCCAAUCGGAUCCAAUCAAAUUCCAAUCACUCGUCAAACUCAUCGCUUUCACGCCCUUUAAGUCGGGAACCAAUGCGUUGGACAACAUUAACAGCGUAUCUGAAGGUAUAGUCCACGAAGACCUGCAGCUCUUCCUGGAGACCAAUGUUCCGAAGGCCACCAAAAAGGCGAAAGUGGUCUUAGGAGUGGCCGACUCCAAGAUCGCCGCUUCCAUCCAAGAGUUGUUGGGAUUCAGUUGUCAACACUCGGAUGUCGUGCCCGAAGUCCUUCGCGGGAUUCGCCAGCACUUCCACACUCUGAUCAAAGGUCUUUCGGUGGACUCCGUGGGCUCUGCGGAGUGCAGUCUUGGGCGCAGUUACUCGCGAUCUAAGGUUAAGUUCAAUGUUAACAGAGCCGACAAUAUGAUUAUACAAAGCAUUAGUCUUGUCGAUCAACUCGACAAAGACAUCAAUACUUUUUCGAUGAGACUUCGGGAGUGGUAUUCGUAUCACUUCCCGGAACUCGUGAAGAUUGUGAACGACAACUAUUUGUACGCAAAAGUGGCGAAAGUCAUCAAAAACAGAAAGGAUUGCUUAGAUAAUGACGAAGACUUGACUGAGAAGUUGGAGGAGAUAUUGAUGGAUAGCGCCAAAACACAGGCCAUUGUGAGCGCCUCCAAGUCAUCGAUGGGAAUGGAUAUCUCGGAAAUCGAUUUAAUUAAUAUCGAAAUGUUUACCUCAAAAGUCAUUUCUUUAGCCGAAUAUCGCAAACAACUGAUGGAGUACUUGAUGUCUCGCAUGCAUAACAUCGCUCCCAAUUUGGCGACACUUAUCGGCGAAACGGUCGGCGCACGUCUCAUAUCACACGCGGGAAGUCUAAUGAAUUUAGCGAAAUACCCGGCCUCUACUGUCCAGAUAUUAGGCGCUGAAAAGGCUCUGUUUAGAGCUCUCAAGACCAAAGGAAAUACACCGAAAUAUGGACUCAUAUUUCACUCGACUUUCAUCGGACGCGCCGGCGCUAAGAAUAAGGGAAGGAUUUCGCGAUUUUUAGCCAACAAAUGCUCGAUCGCUGCGCGAAUUGAUUGUUUCAAUGACUUCCCGACCGAUAUCUUUGGAUCAAAACUCAAAGAACAAGUGGAGGAUAGGCUGAAGUUCUUCGAGAGCGGAGAUAUCCCUAAGAAGAACAUCGAAGUGAUGAAAGAGGCCAUCGAAGAGGCGAAGACUUUAUUGGAAAGCAGUUCUAAGAAGAAGAAAAAGAAGAAGAGGAAGAAGGAUGCGGAUAAUGAAGAGGCCAACGAAUCCAUGAAGUCAUUGAACGGAGACAUAGAAGAGGUUGAGACGAAUGGAGACAUCGAAGAGCCGCCCAAUAAGAAGCAGAAGAAGAAGAAGAGGAAAUCGAAAUCAACGGACGAAUGAAUAGAUUUUGAUUAUUAAUUACAUUUUGACUCUAUUUUGCAGAUUAUUUUAAAAUCACAGAAAUAUUUCAUUAAAAUUCUGUUGAAUUUAUUCAUUAAAAUAAGAUGUUUAUUAUUUUUGAAUACCAGAGCUGUUGGUACCUGUAGUUCAUUGCCAAUCAAUAAAGCAUUCAAUUCUUUAAACGAA